GGAAGUUGCCGUAAGUAUACAGAUAGGAGCUGUCAUUGUGGUCGAAGUCUCCGCGCCCGUGAACAUGAUUUCAUCGCAUGCAUUCCUGUCCAUAGACCGGCAUGUAAAGCCCAUGUGCCCGAUGGCCCCAUGUCUAGCGACGACCUGCCAGCAGUGAGCGGGGUUGAAAACGAGUAUGUAAGUGCCAGUGAUGGGUAUGACACCUACCAUGAAGAAGUUUAGCUAUAUUUGACGUCGACUCAGAGCACUUAAAUCAUGCAUUCCAGGGACGCUGCGUAUCCCCCAGGAUCCAAGGUCGCCCCGCUCUCCUUUGCCCUAAGCAUGGAUUCAAGUAUCCUACCCCCGGAGCUCACCGACUACAUUAUCGACUUCGCAUGGGACGAUCCACCGACUCUACGGAGCUGCACGCUGACAUGCCGCGCAUGGCGACCCCGAAGUAAACUGCACCUCCGGGCUUUCGACAUGAUCAGCCUCAAGAGCGUCGCUGAUCUGGCUGUGUGGACGAAACGCGUUGCCCGCCCUGAAAGCAGACGGUUCCUCACCCAUAUUCACUCUAUGUUUGUCUGGGAGGAUCCAGAGAGGCCAUUCAUACACAUCAUACCUCUGUGCAUCUCCGGGAUGUUCGUCCCGAGGCUUCAAACCAUCACGUUCACGAACCUGGGGCGGCUGGAAUCAGCGAUCACGAUGAAUUGGCACCACAGCUUCUUCAGCCUCCUCGCGUCAUACAAGGCGGUGACAGAAUUGACUAUCUACGGUGGCCGCCUUCAUGAGAUGGAGGACUUGCGCCGGAUUGUGGAGGUCCUUCCUUCCUUGAAGGUUGUCAGCAUUUCGGCGUUAAACUUUGUAAGACCGCCUCGCGGCGCAGGCCUGGUACAAGAACAGGAACACUGUCGCUCCUGGAAGCGACACUCGCUGGAUCACCUCAAAUUCUUGGGCUCGGUGACCGACGGGCACCUGGAGCUGCUGCGAUGUCUGCAAUUCUUCUCCGAAGCACGCCGGAUUACGACCGAAGCAGAAAGCGCGAUGGCAACGUUUCCGGCAGGAAAUAUGACCGCAGCUCGAUUUCCUGUUUCCCGACUCUUGCUGCGGGCCUUCGUUGGGUGGUAUGUUCCGGUGUUCUUGGUGCAGUGUGAUUGGGGUCGGGCGACCUCCGGCGUGCAAGGAGGCCGGGACAAUCGUUAUGAGAACACCCCGGACGCGCUGCGUCGUCUGCAGAUCACAGCAGAUGACACAAGUCUCAUCCACAACAUACAUGUGGAGAAGAUUGAGUACAAUAUCACCAUUUGGGAAGACUGUCUCGAUUUUCGAGCCACGAAACAAGCGAUCAUAACCAUGCUUUCUCAAGGCGUUGGGGAGAAGGUUACCGAGAUAUGCCUGUGCCUCACCUUCUUGUGCCGCAAUCUCGAGGACUUUGUGUCAUAUGCCACAGCCAACGAGGGCCGCGCUGCAUGUCUACCGUCCCUCGACGAUGCUGCUAUACAGUUUGGACUGCAAAAUGUCACCGCAGUCCAGCUUGUCAUCCGAGGUGCGACAACGACAUCUACGCCUGUGGCCGAGGCAGCGAUGAGGAUCAUCCCUGUGCUGUUCGCGCAUUGGGGUGGCCGUGGGAUGCUCUCGGUCAGCGGUCCCCGCUGGAAAUUCGAGUUCCCGCCACCAGCCUCAGCUCCCGGCGCGGACGUGACUGUUCCCGAACAGGCAGGUGCCGCGCCAUGUAUGGACAGUGACGCCUGACGUCAUGGCGCGCGAAGAGGUCUGACGGGAGCGAGUGCGUCACGCGCGUUCCCUGCUCCUCUGCUCCUCCUUGCCCCAAUAUUCGCCGCGCUCAAUCUUCUUA